AGCAGACAGGAGGGAGGCGGGGCGCAGGUGCAGAGCGCAUGCGCACCCCCGCUGGAGCCGCCGGGAGGCCUUGGACCCGGAGUGGCCGAUGUGCGCAGGUACGGCAGCUCCUGGCCGGCGUUGAGAAGGCGUGGCCCAAUGGAGACGUCGUUUGGCGUCUCUGUCCCGCCCCCUUCGCUCCGUCCCUACUUCCGCUUCCGGCGCGCCGGUGUAGUUCCAAGAUGGUGGCGGCGGUGUGUGCGUCUCGGGUGUCCGGGCUGCUGGGCCGGGCCCUCCCACGGGUGGGGCGGCCCAUGUCGAGUGGCUCCCACGGCGAGGAGGGUUCAGCUCGCAUGUGGAAGGCCCUCACCUACUUCGUGGCGCUGCCCGGGGUGGCGGUGAGCAUGCUCAACGCCUUCCUCGCGUCGCGGCGAGGCGAGCACGAGAGACCCGAGUUCGUCGCCUACCCCCAUCUCCGCAUCAGGACCAAGCCCUUCCCCUGGGGAGAUGGUAACCAUACCCUGUUCCACAACCCUCAUGUGAACCCACUUCCAACUGGCUAUGAAGACGAGUAAAGAGAACCUGGACCUUCCCCCAGACCGCAAGGGACCACAGCACUGGUGUGGACCAUUACUCUGUGUGUGGACCAUGAAAGCGCAUCUUUCCUUGUAUCAAAUGGUGACCGUUACACCAGUGUUCCAUCCCUUUGCUCCUAAGAGGAGAUGGCUUAAAUAAAUAACUUAAACUUACAUUGUUCAUGA